UUUAGCCUGAGCCUCUCGUUUGAAAAAACUGAUCAGCCAAUCAGCUGUAACUAGCAAAUGUAAGGCUUUUCGUUAUCGGACUAAGCAGACAGGGCUUUUUUUUUAUAUUAACAUUCAACUUUAUUGUAAAAUGACAACGUUGACACUGCAGAAGUAAACUGGGUUAAAUGGAUCGGAUUGUUCCCAGGUCGGGUAUGUGACAGCGCAAUAUGGUCUGGGAAAGGAAGUUGAUACUUGAAACCAUGCACCAAAUGUCAUCAUGGAUGGUUCAAAUGCUGAAAAGACUACCUUAGAUCUUUCAGAUCGUCCUGUUGUUGAAAAUACUCCAUGUGAAAGGAGUACAACAAGCAGUGCGAAGUACUUACUCUCUGCUGGCCAUUUAAUAUCUUCUACACAUGAGUUAUGCAAUAAAGAACAGACCAGUACAGAAGCAAGGAAAAGCUGUGAAGAAAGGUGGUUACAGUUAUUUCAGCUGAUAGAGAGGCAAUGCCAAGACCAAAUAGUUGCCCAGCAGGAGCAAUUUAAUUACCAAAUGCAGCUCAUACACAAUGAAAUUAAACAUUUAAUAAAGUUACAGGGCCAAUCAUGUCCCCUUUGGAAUUCCUGUACAGGAGAAACUAAUUUAACUAUGGCGAACCGCACACAUCCACUUGAAUGCCGCAGUACCGUAGACAAAGACAGAAAAGCGGAAGGAGCCCGCCUUUUCCCCGUUACUGAUGAACAUGAUAUAAAACAGAAACAUUUCAACAUGCAAGAGCAUUUUUUGGAGAGCACAUCUGUAAGCAGCGGCUAUGGAACACACUCUGCCUCUGAGCCAAAUGCUUGUUUUAGUAGCCACAGUCAGAAUACCUUGAGGGAGAGCAUGCCAAAUAUGGAACAAACUUUAAGAGAAAGCAUAUCAAAGACUUUGGCACAUCAUAAUGUGUUACAAGAAUCUAAAAAAACUAAAAUGCACUUUAUAAAAGUUUCUGAUAAAAACUGUCAGUUGCCAACGCCAAGAAAAUCAGCUGAAGAUGUUAAGUUUACAAGGGAACACAAAGGACCUCAUUUAGCUUUUGAUAAAAAUAUAGACAGGAAUAGUAACUGUGAAACAUCGAACAGUAAAUCUUUAACAACUUGGGCACAGAAACUGAAGCAGAAUCAUAAGAAGUUAAACCAAGUAAAUCCAGUCCAUGCCCAACAAAUACAGGCAAAUUCUGAAAGUGAUAGUGAGGGAAAGUCCGAAAACAAAGAUGUUUCCUCAAACGCAUUUUACCUCAAUAACCGCACAGAGAGUGCAAACUCUUUAAUGUCCACUGGCUCUGGUUUUUCUUACUGGAAUUUAGAGGAAAAAGAUAUGUACCAUUCCUUGCCAGAACACCUUGAAACUGGACUUUCUGUGGUUUUAUCUACCAAAGAGGUUUCCAGAUCAGAUGAAAAAAGAAUUCCAUCCUUAACAGACAUAUAUCAGCAAAAACAAAAAGAAAGUACCAUGUACCCUGAAUGGAAGCCUUUAUCACCGUCACAAUACACUCACCCUCCUGAGAUUUUGACACUAGACCCAACUCUACACCAGAAGAUGCAUCACAGUCCAAUACUUUCUCCUGUAAAUUGUCACAACUCUGAGGAUAUUAGAGUUUCUUUAACACCAGACUCAAUUUUGGAAAAUGCUCCUUUAACUGAUUAUGAUGCAAUUUCUGUCUCCACUAUAAUCUCUGAUUCAUCCCAGUUGGGUGAAACUCCAGACCGCUCUAACAGCCCUGUGGUAGCCAGAGAUCAGUGGGAUUGGGCCAGUAAUGGAAGCAGGUCAGAUCAGAAUUACCGACUGACUCAUGGUGACAUAAACUGUGACGAAAGAUUGCUGUGUACAGAGGAUGAAGCCAAUAGUUUAUCUCCUUCCUCACUAGCUCCAUCACCUUUACCUUAUGCAGAGAAUAAGCCUGAAUCAACUAGCUUCCUGCCCUCGGAUUAUCCUGUAAUGCUCUCAAACUUGCUAACUGAAUGGAAAGAACGAUAUCAGUCGGCCAACAGUGCUAGAAAAUCACUGCAAGAGUGUAUUGAAGAUUUGAGAGUAAAAGGAAAAGAGAAAGAGAACUCAAUUAGUCGAUUAAAGUCCAAGCUACGAGAAGUUGAAGAGGCUUUUAAGAACGCUUUCAAGAUGUCCGACAAUAAAGAUGCUCAAAUUAAGCAAGAACACAAAAUGUUCCAAAAUUUGUUGUCUGAUUAUGAAUCUCUUGGAAAAGAACAUGAAAGAGUAAAAGAUACAUUAAAUGUAACAGAGAACAAGCUAUGCGAUGCACAUGCUGAAAUUAAUGAACUUAAAAGAACCAUCUCAAAACUGGAAUCACAGAUCAAACAAGUGGAGCAUGAAAAUAUGAAUAAACUGCGUCAUAUUGCUGAAGGUAGAUUGUGGCAAUCCAGUUCUAGUGAUUUACGUGCUUUGGAUGUAGCUAAGCGCAAGUGUCUCACAUCUGGAACAGCGUGCUCAAUCUUUACUGGUCUUCCUCUUGAUAACAAAGAAAGGGAGAUGGAGAACUUACCUGAGGCGCUUUAUUUGCCAGAUAGGUACAGUUCUCCACCAGAAAAGGAUUCUUCAUAUGAUAUAAUACCUCCAAAAUCAAAGAGGAAAGACAGUGCAGACGAGAACAGCCCAAUUAUGAAAGCCCUUAAAGAUUUUGAAGAAAAAGAAAUAAAAACAUGGGACACUGAAACAGAAAAGGGAAGCGCAGUACAUAGACUGUCUUGCAGACAAACUGUAAAUUUCACAGACAGUGUGAACCCUUGUGGAUCACCAAACAAACCAAAAGAUCGCCACGGAAGACUGAACACUCCUCCUGCGCCACGAUCUUCUUCUCUCCCACCAUUAAACCGGAAGGCAGCUACCAUUACCACUCCAACAAAGCGCGAAUUGAUGUUAACGCCAUUGUCUAUAAAAUAUAGUCCAAAACGUUCUCCAAGAGAGAAUUUAUCGCCUGGUUUAAGCCAACUACUAGGUGGUGAGGAUGCAGUCCCAACAAGAUGUGAUAUUGCUUGGGGUGAUUCAUCAUCUUUUAAGGAUCCAAGUCCCAGGAAGAGACUCCAGUUUGGUUCUCUAGAAGACACAGACGGUAACUUUGCUUUAUGUAUAAAGAUACUCCAGUAUGCCUCACUAGAACACUUAAAAUGUAUAUUGCUGGAAAGUCUAGAAGACCGUUUGGAAAAGAUCAACCGAGAUCUAGGAUCAAUCCGAAUGACUCUGAAGAAAUAUCAUGUUUUACCAUCGUCUGCAAAUAUUUAAAAACACAUAGGUACCUUCAGUUGGCAGUGUUUGCACCAAUAUAUCCUUGCACUAAUAAAACUAUCUUUACAGUUUGUAAAUUAUGCUUUUAUUGCUGAUGUACAUUACUCAGAUGGUUUGUAUAAUUGAAAUGUAUUUUAUUACACAGGUUUGAAACUGUUAAUAGUUUAUUUUUAGUAUCUAAAAAGAUAUUUUUAAACUGCACUCUCUCCAUUUGAACUGAAGGAUAUGUUAAAAUGUACUGUUUUUUAAUAUAUAUGUAUAUAUUAGUGCCUCUUGUCCCAUUAUGUUCUUUCAUGUGUUAGAAGAAAUACCUCUGGUCUACAGUUAAUACAAUGGUAGUGUGUCUUCCAUGAUGAAUUUUAGUUUACUAUCAAGAUAGUAAAAAAAAUGAUAUUUCUCUUGUAAGGUGUAUCCAGUCCACGGAUUCAUCCUUUACUUGUGGGAUAUUCUCCUUC